AUGGCGAGCUGCAGCGGCUCCAAGGCCGAAUUCAUUGUCGGAGGAAAAUACAAACUGGCGCGGAAGAUCGGGUCUGGCUCUUUCGGGGACCUGGCGAUUAACAUCACCAACGGCGAGGAAGUGGCAGUGAAGCUAGACUCUCGGAAGGCCAGGCAUCCCCAGUUGCUGUACGAGAAACUCUCUAAGAUUCUUCAAGGUGGGGUUGGCAUCCCCCACAUCCGGUGGUAUGGUCAGGAAAAAGACUAUAACGUGCUAGUCAUGGAUCUUCUGGGACCCAGCCUUGAAGACCUCUUCAACUUCUGUUCAAGAAGGUUCACAAUGAAAACUGUACUUAUGCUAGCUGACCAGAUGAUCAGUAGAAUUGAAUAUGUGCAUACAAAGAAUUUUAUACACAGAGACAUUAAGCCAGAUAACUUCCUAAUGGGUAUUGGGCGUCACUGUAAUAAGUUAUUCCUUAUUGAUUUUGGUUUGGCCAAAAAGUACAGAGACAACAGGACAAGGCAACACAUACCAUACAGAGAAGAUAAAAACCUCACUGGCACUGCGCGGUAUGCUAGCAUCAAUGCACACCUUGGUAUUGAGCAGAGUCACCGAGACGACAUGGAAUCAUUAGGGUAUGUUUUGAUGUAUUUUAAUAGA